AUGACUUUCCUCCAAAGCCAGUGUGACGAUGACUGCUACUCCUCCUGCAAUUAUGGGGGUCUCUAUGGCUACCGGGGCUACGACUGCGGGAGCCCCUGUGGCUACCGGGGCUACGGGGGCCUCUACGGCUACCGGGGCCUCUACGGCUUCGGGGACCGCUACGGCUACGGGGGCCUGUACGGUUACCGGGGCAUCUAUGGCUCUGGGGACUGCUAUGGCUAUGGGGGGCUGUAUGGAGGCUAUAGGGGCCUCUAUGGCUCUGGAGACUGCUGUGGCUACCCAGGCUUUUACUCUGGCCGCUAUGGCUACCCCUUCGGCUCACGCUACGGCCAAAGGUUUGGCUACGGGAGCUGCUAUUCCUGCUAA